AUGUGUAUAAGUAUAUCUGCAUUCCGAAAAUACUAUCGACCGGAGCCAAAAAAGCCAUACUUACAUUCAAUGAAAUUGAAAUCUCCCUUUGGAAGACCUACACGUUCUUCAUAUCUUAGAAGUCAGUUAAGUUAUGGACGUAUGGAUAGAGAAAGCAGCAAAGAUUUAAGAAGAGAUAACAGUGAUAUAUUUGACUGUCAUACGCUUAUUGAACCGAUUCAUAAGUUAUUAACUAACAGAUUCUCUUCUACACUUUUUCAUAACCUUAACAGUAGUAAAUUGCACACAGGGUUACAUCCAACAAAUGGUAACAAAGUUAAACGAAAAGUACAAACAAUAAAAACUCCAAAAUCAUGUUCAAACAUUAGUAUUAAUACUAAUGAUUGUUUAAUAAUAAAAUCAAAGAAUGCUUUAAAUCAAUCUUGUUCAAUUUCUACAAGAUUAAAUUUAACUGAAAUAAAUGAGUCAAAUUCUGAUUUUGUAAAUUUAGAAAAUAAUAUAUCUGUAUGCUUAAAAAUUCAAGGCAGUCCGAGGAAAACUACCUCACUGUACACAAAACAAAAAUGUAGUUUAAGUGAAAAUGAUAUUGUGAAGGUUGUUUCACCAAGAUUAUCAAAUCAAUAUAAACAUCCAAGAACUCAAAAAUCAUAUGAGAACAUACUUUCAUCUGGUCGUGCAUACUCAAUAUCUUCCAUAUCAGCUGAGAGAAUUAAGGGGAUUCUGGAUGACAAAUUAUGUAUUUACGGUUAUCAGACAGGAAAAACUCCAAGAACAUCCGAUUUCCAUGAGUUAGAUGAUAUUCCUGAAAAUCAACUUCAUACUCUGUCUUAUUAUAAUAAUAACAAACAAUUGAAAGUUUCACACAAAACAUCAGCCCGUCCUAAAAGUGCUGGGGAUGCUCACAUUGGAAUAAAUUCUAUUAAAGAUAUUAAAGAAUUAUUAAAUAUUCAGUCCAUUGAUACCCCACCAAAACCUUUCCUUUUAAGUGAAAGGCGACCUAAUCGAAUUAGAUCAGCGCGUGAAUAUCGACGAAAACAUAUCGAACGAAAAUUUUGUUCAUGUUUAAAUUCAACAGAUGAUCUCAGUCUUCAAAACAAUGAUACUUCUGUUUCAGAUGGAACAACUACAAACAGUGUACACAGUGCUAGACAACGAGCAGAUAUUCACUUACCAAGCGUUAAACAUUUAAUAGAAACAUAUGAAGAAGUAGAAAAGUGA